AUGGCCCAAUCAUCAAACAGUACCAUUAGUAGUAGUAGCAGUCAGUUGCAAUGUUCUCCUGAGAGGUCUCCUCGAGUCACUGUGCUUGCAAGCUGUUACAGUGUGAACACCGCUACCUCCACGACAUUAUCCGAUCAUCACAUGCUUACCAAGCUCGACACUCAGGAGCACAGUGGUAUCCCUGAGGUUCCCUCGGGGUUCAAGUCGCCCAUACGUCCUCCCCUCGAUUUGUCCAUUGUUCCUGGCCUCGGAAUCAGCUGGCCAGGGAACGGCUCAUCGGGGCAUAAAGGGGAGGCAGCGCAUGCUAUCCCGGAAGAGUGUGAGAGGCUCUUCUGCGAACACCUGUCUGUAAUAUUCUUUGGUGAGAGGAGAAUAGCUGAGCAAGUGUCACUUGGGAUGGGUGCGUCUCAGAGCCAGCCAGACAUUGUCCAGGUUAGGCAUACGCCGAUUCAGCAUUGGCUGGAGGUUCUGGACUACACGAAUGACAUCACUUAUCGAGGGUUUGUGACGAGCACAACCGAUGGCCAACCUACCAUGUUUGUGUUUCUUGAGAAGAUGUUAGGUCACGGCCUCAAGACUGGUUUGGUGGCGUUAUUCGAGCUUGCAGGCAUUAGUACAUUUGACUGCUCCCAGAUUGUUGCAUGUAUACCACGCUCGCAAGAUGCGAUCGAGCUCGAAAUUGGACGGCUGGUCGCGAGUGCCAAGGAAAAAAUGGCGGAUCACGCGGAAAUGACCUCAGGACUAUGGAUAAUGAUCAAUGUCUCCACAGCUCUGAUGUUUCCUAAGUUUUUGCUUCACCCAGGAAUUUCUCGGCCCAGGCAGGUCGCGAGCCCAGGACCGUCUGAGCUAAGCCAAGUACCUGGUCUGGAGACGAGCAACGACACCGAGAAAUUUCUAGAGGGCCAUAUUUCCUGCAUUCGUUGCUCUCAUUGCGCGGCAGAUUUAUGCUUGACAUCACAGAUAAUUAGCAAAGGAUUCACUGGCCGCCAUGGUCGUGCGUUGCUAGUAUCUCCACAGAUUGUUGCUAGUGCAGUUUCUAUCCAUCCAUCUUCUGCAGCGACUGAAUGUUUGCCGAACACUAUCGUGCAGAAGCCUGUAUCUCGGCGAUUGGUGACCGGGGUACACACGGUUAGUGAUAUCAACUGUGCGCUUUGUGGAACUGUGCUCGGCUGGAAAUAUGUCUCCGCAGAGGAGGAAACACAACGCUACAAGGUCGGAAAGUUCAUCCUAGAGAGCGAGAAAAUUACAACAUCUACUUCCUGGGAGUCUACACCCCGUGUGCCUGUUGAUUUGAUUAGAUUAUGCUCUGAAUUGCCCCUGGAAAGAUCACCGGCACACAAUAUGGAAUUUGAUAGUCAGGACGAGGAUGAAUGUGAAGACCUCUUCGCAGGAAUUUGGAGUCCUGGCUUGGCUGUGCGCAGGAGAAGUCGCAAAAUGGAACGCUAUCUGUCCAUGUUUACAUUCAACUCCUUGUGA